GAGCAAAUCUAAUACUGCCUAGCAACUGUUUCCAGGCAAAGGGGGCUUGGGAGCCAGCUGUGGUUGCCUUUCAGGAGACACCAGCCUGUUUCUAUACACUUCACUACCUGUUUGGGAUUAUUUGGAUUCCAGUUUUAAGCCACUCUAGGCAACGAAGUAGUUGGGACAAAAAUGGAGUGAAAAUCUUGGGAAGGAAAUAAGCCCUAAAUGUGGAACAUUUACAUGGAAGAGAAACUUGUCAUUAAAACUCCAUGAAAAGAAGCUUUGGAAAAGACCAAAGAAUUGCGAAUAGAGCUACAAAGGCAACAUCUGAGAGAAACAAGUUUUACUACAAUCUCUACUACUACAUUUAUGACUACUGAGAUAAACACUACAGGUGAAGAUUGGUAAAAAGACGCACUGAUUACUGCGGUGGCCUGGAGAGGAAAAGCGCUGGUCGGUAUCACAUGGACAAGCUCAGUGUUUUCCAAAGAUGCUGUUGAAGUAGUCUUUGCUACUGCUUUCCUUCAAAGCUCUUCAUAACAUGGGCUGCAUGAAAUCAAAGCAAACUUUCCCAUUUCCUACCACAUGUGAGAGUGAGAAGCAGCAUGCAAGUGAAGAAAGCUUUAUGUCUGGAGACAGAUUUCUACCUAGGAUGCCUUCUCCAGUUAAUGUCGAACAGGAAGUGAAGAAACCAUCAGGGCCCGAAACUGUGGUCUUCGAAUUUGCACAUCGCCUGUCCCAGGAAAUCCUGAGUGAUGCCUUGCAGCAGUGGGCAGGCAAUAACAUCAAGUACUAUGACAUCCCAUAUAUUGAGAGUGAGGGGCCUUGACGCUGUAGGAUGAUGAUAACUUCUUGAAUUGUGGAUAAAGUUGGUGCUAGCUUAAAUACAUGAAACAAUAGCAAAAACUGAUGUGAAUAAAUACAAAUAACUACGUCUGGAUGUAAAAAAAAAAAAGUCUAUGGUAAUAUCAAGAGUAUACAAUACUUACAUGAAAUAUGUUAAGCACUUUUUAUGUUAACAGUGAUUUCUACCUGCUUGGUCUUGGAUUUCAGUCAUUUAAAGGGCUAAACAUAGGUCCUGUACCACAGUAAUCAGCUGGUAUGUCAUAGCACUUUCUUCCUGAGGCAGUAAUAGAAUCACCAAAGAAAUCCAAUGGUUAUUUUAAAGACACUCCUUUUAAAAUUACUAUUUGUUAAUUUACACACACACAUACAAAUAAGACAUGAGAAGGUUUUUUUUUUCCCCCAAAACGCCUUGGCAAGGAAAUGGCACUUAAGCCACAGUAAUUAACAGUGGGUCUUGUUUGUCAAAACCAUUUGUGUCAAGGAUUCCUACUUCUUAACACAAAUGAUCAAGCAGUAGAAAGCAACCCAUGCAGAAAUAGUCCACUUUGAAACCUGUCCUUAAGAUAUUUUUGUAGAUGAAAAGCCUAACUACCACCUUGAACCUCAGGGCCCUAACUAACCUCAGCUAUCAUUGGAUGACUCAAGACAUCGCACAUACGGCACCCGAAUGAGAUACAAUUUACAGAAGUCAUGACAUUAAUGUUUGUGGUAUUGAAUUAAGCAGCCCAGUGAUAUAACAAGAAAACAAGAAUUUUUACAAAUAGAAAUACAGUAAAUUUUAAAAUAAAUAACAGAAGCCCUAGUCAAGGUAGAAAGCAGAACCUAUUCUCAGUGCAUGUAUGUUAAGUUUUACCAUCUCAAAGAUGCAGAAGGUUGGUAUAUGGGCAAUCGUUCCCAUUUUUCUUAUUGACUGGUGGGACCAGUCUAUGCAUGAGUAUAUACAGUUGUAUUACAAAAGACCAAAUGCUCCUCCAAAGAGUAUUCGUGUGUGUGUACGGUAACAAUGCCCUUAAAGCAUUUAAAGCCAUAUAUGAUUUUCUUAAAUUUGUCUACCUUUUUGAGGAAGUUUUUUAACAAGUAACUACUGUUUGAGAUCAAUGGUACUAGAAAAUUUGGGAGGGGAAGAAGAUAUUGAGAAGACAUACCUGUAGAAAAAUUGGGAUGCAGUCACUGGAAUUUUCAUCAAGAUUUGCUGCACACUGACUUUAAUUGGAAAGGGAAUUAUUUUUUAAGUCUGUGUGCAUUAGAUUCUUUUAUUUCCAACAGACCCUGGUCACCAAUAUCUAAAGAAAGGCAGAAGAAGACCUGCGAAAUAUGUAUUUGGCCUUAAAAGCAGGCGGAAAUGCUACCUCUAGUUUUAACCAUGAUACUUUGAAACCCACAAAUAGAGUAAAUUCUCCCGGUUGCAUGGACAAAGAAAGUUCUUUGAAGUGAGUGAUGUGCUAUCUUUCCGUUGCCUUUAGACACUUGGUCAUUCAACUUUCACUUUACCUAGUCCCAAGAUCUGAACUGUCCUGUUGUACUUGCAAUCUAGAAACAAAGUAGAAAAACUCACCAUCCCCAUUUAUACAAGGAUCUGAAGUCAUAAGACUAAGGGACAAAAAGUUUUCUGAAAGUGCAAAACAUAUUUCCAGCUCAUGAAGAAAAAUUUAGGUUUUUGAGUAUACUAAUGACUCAGACAAAAGCUUAGAUGUUGCUGUUUUUCAUUCAUUUUGUAUCUCACAUCAAGAUAUUUUUGCUGCAAAGUCACUCACUGUUUAAAAGGUGUAAUUAAGUAUGUAAGGUAAUACAAUAUUAUGGUGAGAACACAAAGCCAUAGCUACACUAAAUUUUUCAGCAUACAUAGGGAUGUAGACUGGCGAGUUUUAUUACAGCUAAGUGUUUUAACCUCAGGUUUCUCCUGUGCCUGGGCCCCUAUUUCCCAGGGGGGUAGCAGGCACGCCUGUUCAGAUCCAUAUCUAGCUAGAAGUAUAAUCUCUGUUGCCCUGACACUAUGACAGUAUGGUUUUGUCACCAAGCACCAACCCCUCACUCCUGAAUCAUUUUAACAGAGUAUAGUAUCUGGUAGUAUAGACUUAUCUUGGAAAUAUAUGCUGUAUUAUGUCAAAACAUGGACAAGGAACUACAAGGCUUGCGUAAUCAGUGAGUUAGCAGAUAAACCAAGUUGGAGGCAGGCAGGAAAAAGAACUGGAUAAGCAAAUGUGUACCACAUGUGAUCAUUAUCAAGAUAUAGUUUGGCCUUGAUGACGAGACAGAUGAGAACAUCUUUGAUAGGAUUCCUUCUAUCAUACCUUCAUAUUUAAAUACUGGAUUUACUUCACUUUGAACUUUCAUGAACAGUAAAAGGUCUAUUUGAGAAGGAAGGAACAUAUAAAACAGACGACUGGAAGAAUUAUUAGCUACUGGAAAGGGAGACAUUUGUUCCAACUUCUAUCACAAACACAGAUGAAAUAAGAAUAGUGGCCAAAUCAUAAGGGAAAGGAAACGGGGGGGAAAGAGGGCCCAAGAAACAGCACUCACGUCAGGCUCCAUCAGAAGACACACUGCAAAACAAGUCUCCAUUGUUCUUGACUGAGGGAAGGGACACAGUAGCAAGUUCCUUUCUUUACCACCCUGACAGGUGACCAACUACUGACUCUUUUCUCUCGAGAACAUCCAGGAUAGGCGCAGAUGAGCCGCAGCCAGGGCGACAAAGAACCUGCUGAUGGCAACUGUAAACGAAGAUUCUCAGAGGAAGCGUGCAGGUCCCUCACUUACACAGACUCACGUAACCCCGCAAAAGUGCUUCCCUGCUCCCUUCUCCAGUUAAAGGUCUCCUGUGUGCUCUUACCUUUCAGUUACAAGCCUUUGAUAUCAGAGUGCUCCACUUUCAGUUGCCUUAUCUGUCCUUUGCUAACCACCUAUGGUCAUUAGCACUCAAAGCACAAUUUGGAAGGGGAUAAAAACGAUCCUAGUUCCAAAGGAAUAAUUGGUGUCAAAUUGCCUUAUUAGUAUUAAAAAUAGACAUACUGCUGAAUGAAUGAGCUAGCAUGACACAUGUAUCCUACUUAAUAUCAUUGCCAUUUUAUGAGAUGAGGGAACUAUACUUUUUUAUUGUAUAGUUUUAGGAAUCAAGUAAAUUCAAGGAAUAGUAGUUAAAAAACAAAGUUCCAACAAAUCUAUUGUUUGCUUAAUCAUAAGGCCCUCACUAUGUAUCUGUGUGGCCAAAUAGAACAUAUCUUCCUUGGGCAAGUGGGCACAAGCUCAGAUGUACUCCCUAUCUCUUACUUUGCAAAACUCACAUUUUGUUAGCUAAUUCUCUUCCUGUAAGACUUAGCUAUGAAAUGGUAUAUUUUUUUCCAAAUAUUUUUGAGAAAACAUUUUUUUCUAACUGUACAAAAGUCUAGUUGCAAUUAACUAGCUAUGAGUUCUUAUUAAAGCAAAUGCCUUUCAA